AGCGAUGAGUGGGAAGCGGAGGGGUCCCUGCCCGACUGGUGGAGAUCGGAAUUCCUCCUUGCAUGGGGAACCUGGGAAGAAGAAGCACCUCAAACGGGAGGUGCGCGCCGAUUUCUCCGCGGCAUUGAAGGAGCCUGUCCUGAAGGAGAAAGUGGCCGCCUCCUGGGCACGCAGAGAAGCCCUCGAGCACGAAGCGGUUGUGCUGGAUCCUGUUCCUUUCUGCCACUGUGUCAUCCCGAACUUCAUCCAGAAUGAGAGUUUCCUAGAAGGACUGCAGAAGGAGCUGUUGAGCCUGGAUUUCCAUGAAAAGUGCAACGACUUGUACAAAUUCAAGCAGUCAGAUGACCUCCAGAAGAGAGAAGAGCCUCACAUUGCUGCUUUAAGGAAAGUCCUCUUUGAGAAAUUCCGGGUCUGGCUUUCAGAUGUGGCCCAAGUGGAGCUGGAGCCAACCAUUGAUUUGUCCUGCGCCAAAUACGAAUACACAGAUGCCCUGCUCUGCCACGAUGACGAACUGGAGGGGCGACGAAUUGCCUUCAUCCUCUACCUUGUGCCGCCGUGGGACAGGAGUGAUGGGGGCACUCUGGACCUGUUCAGCACAGAUGAUCACUUUCAGCCACGGCAGAUCAUCAAAUCAUUGGUCCCUUUGUGGAACUCGCUAGCUUUCUUCGAAGUGUCACCAGUCUCUUUCCACCAGGUGGCUGAAGUCCUUUCCAAAGACAAGUGUCGACUGUCUGUGAGCGGCUGGUUUCACGGCCCCUCAGUCUCUAGGCCACCACGCCAUAUUGAGCCACCUCUGCCACAGAGUCCUCACAUCCCUUUUGAUCAUGAAAUAUUGUAUCGUUGGAUCAAUCCAGUGUAUCUGGAGAUGGAUUCUCAGAGCCAAAUCCAAGAGGAGUUUGAGGAUCAGUCUGAGAUCCUGCUGAAGAAUUUCCUCAAGAGAGACAAAUUUCAGCUGGUCUGUGAGGCUCUGAAGGAGGGAGAACCCAAAUGGAACAGCAGGGGGCCCCCUAACAAAAGGUUUUAUGACAAAGCAGAAGAGGAGAGACUGCCAGCCAUUUUGAAGGAAUGCAUGGAGCUGUUCCGCUCAGAGGCCUUCUUCCUGCUCCUUUCCAACUUCACAGGCUUGAAGCUGCAUUUCCUAGCUCCUGAGGAGGAGGAGGAGGAAGAGGAAGAAGAAAAAGAAGCCACUGGAGGAGAUCCUUCCAGCUGCUCACAAGGGGAGAGCAGUCAAGAGGAAACAAAGAGGCUUAAUGGUGCAGGGGAGCCACGGGAAAACUCUGAGAAUGAAGGGUGUAAAAAUGGCUCAAGUGUCCCUCAGUGUUCUGGAGAGCUGAGACACUGGACCAAAGGCUGCUAUACCCUAGUCCAUGAUGCCCAGACUACAGAGUUUGCCUUGGAUCUCCUGCUCUUCUGUGGAUGUGAAGGUUGGGACGUGGAAUGGGGCGGCUUCACUUCUUACAUUGCAAAAGACGAAGACGAAGAGCUGCUGACCAUCAACCCAGAGAACAACUGUUUAGCUUUGGUUUACAGAGACCGAGACACACUGAAAUUUGUGAAAUACAUCAACCACCGUAGCUUGAAGCAGACAGCAGCACAAGCUGAGACAACUGGAUUCUGGGAUUUCUGCUUUGUUUACUAUGAAUAAUAGUACAGAGUCAUCCUCCUGAAGAACACCACCUAUGUUUUGGACUGGACCCCCUGCUGAAAAGAGAACAGUGAUGGUAGCUUCUGCUAAGUUGAAGGAACUGUCUAGGCUCUUACAGAGUUAUCCCUUCUUUCUAUCAAUUUUGUGGCCUUGAGCAAAUGACCCACAGUGUCUUGGAUACCUCUUAAAACUGUAUGUACUGCUAAAUCUGCUUUGACUGCUGUAUGCUCCCUAGUUCCUGCUCAGCUUCAGGUCAGGAUUUCAUCCAAAACUCCUAGGGAAGGCCAUGAAAGGACGGAGGCAGAUUUUUUCUGUCCUGGAGCAUGUUCCUCUAUUAAUGGAGAAGGAGCUGCUCUGGUUAAAAUAACUCCCAAGAAUGGUUUCUUUCUAGCAUUUUUCUAAAACAGCUGUCUCAACUUCAACAGAAUGAAGAUGGAUUCAGUUGGUAUGCAGAAGCAACACACCUUUCCCCUCAGGAUUUUUGCUUGUAAAACAGUUGAGCAACAACUGGCUAAAAAAUUAACUCAGGGCUUUAGUGCAAUGGCACAAGAGUUUCAUAGGACAAGCAAUAGGGAGGGGGGAGGUACUAAAUAGCUGCCACUGAAGGGUAGAUGGCCUAGCCAUAGAUCCUUCAUCUGUCUAAUGUGCAGCACAUUCACAGCAAAAGCAGCGUGUGAAGCAUUAUUUUACUUUCUCCCCCUCCUCUAUUCAACACGGAUGCUUUGAAGUGA